AUGUCAAAGUCGCCCGAGUCUUGCAAGGCCUCCAUUGCGCUGCGCCCAACUUUCUUCCGCACUUUCACACAAGUGGACAACUCGCUCCGCCAUGCUGCUUCAGCAGUUGCGGCUUCGCGAGCGCGUACACGCUUUGCCUCGAAUCAGUUCGGAUCGGACUCAGUUGGCGAUGGAAAGAUAAGCUGCAUUGUGCGAGUGGUUGACAACGUUUGGUUUGAUUUCUUUUUUGCGGCUCUGGUUCUGGUGAACUGUGUCUUCAUUGGCAUCUUGGAUGCACCUUUGGCCAGCUUUGCGUUAUUGAGUGUUAUCGUAUUGAAGUUCAGCAUGCAAUCGCACAUCCGCAUUCCAAAGCAAUCGGCUUCUAUGUGGUCCAGUGCCUUAGACUUGCAUCAGUACUUGCUUGCAAGCCUUUUUGCUUUGGAGCUUGUUUUGCGACUUUGUGCCUACGGAUUUCGCGAAUUUUUCUUCGGGCCAGAUGGGCUUUGGUCGUUGCUGGAUGCCUUCAUCGUGUUGAGCUCUGUCUGGGAUGUCGUCCUGGAUCUCAUAUUCUUGUGGGAAGCUUCGGGCUCCGACAAUCCGGUGUCAACGCUAAGAGCUUUGCGAAUCCUUCGCCUGGCCAGAAUCGUCAAGGCAGUUCGUUUAAUGCGUGUGUUCCGCUUCGUACGGGCGCUCCGGACACUUAUCAGCUCCAUCUUUCAUACGUUGAGAUCAUUAUUUUGGGCACUGGUGCUGAUGGUUCUGAUCGUGUACGUUUUUGGUGUGCUGUUCAGCCAAGCCGUGAACAGCCACAUCUUGGAUCCGGAAAGUCCUCCUCUCACUGGUUUCGCUUUGGAGGCGGCUUCCAAACAUUAUUAUUCCCUUUCUGGGACCAUGCUGAGCUUAUUUAUGUGCAUCUCGGGUGGCACGAAUUGGGAAAACGUCCUGGUGCCAUUGAGAUCGAUAUCUGAAUUUUGGGUAUUUCUUUUCAUAUUUUAUGUAGCAUUUACAUACUUCGCGGUCCUAAACGUGUUAACUGCGGUUUUCUGCCAGACUGCCAUUGAGUCUGCUCAAAAUGACCAAGCGUCGAUGGUCCAGAACAUUUUGGAGGAGAAGGAGGCGCACCGCGACAAACUCUUGGACCUCUUUGUCGAGAUUGGUGCUGAGCAAGAGACGAUCACUUUUGACAUGUUUCAAGAGAAGAUCAAUGACCCUGAUGUUCGAGAAUAUUUCACUUCAAUAGGUCUUGAUGUUUGGGAUGCUUGGUCGUUCUUCAAGCUCCUUGAUUUGGACGAAGGCGGUGCUGUGGAAGUUGACGAGUUUCUAAUGGGAUGUUUGCGACUGCGUGGUCAAGCCCGGGCUGUGGAUGUUGGCAAAAUCAUCUAUGACCAGACAUGGCUGAUCCGCAACCAGAGUCACUUCCAAGGGUACGUUGAAGUACAGCUCAAACAAAUGAAAGACUUGCUGAGCCAGCUGGCCGGCGUACGGCUGCAGUCGGUGCAUUUGCUGAGCACAUUGCAGCCUUAUUGA